UGAAGGCAUGGUGAGCGGAAGCUGGAGCGACCAGAAUAUUCCUCAUUUUUCGUUAUAAAGUGUUGUCCGUGCGCUUUCAAUGGCGUUGUCGAAAUUGCGUUUGAAAGAACUGUAAAAUAACAAAUAUCAUAGAAAAAAGGAACCAAAGGAGAAUCCAUUGGAAAAGCGCGGCAAGGACACUUGAAACUGAGUUGUACUUCUAUUUUUCCUCAUUCGUCAUCUCAAAUGCAAAACUUAACCAAACCACAACUCACCCCACUCCUAAUCAAUCAAAUGUUACAACCCAUCAACAUCAUCAAUGCCGCUUCUCGAAUCGACCCGUUUUUCAUAUAUCGCGGUGGUGGUGGCUUCAUAGCUUUCUAAGGCUUUUCCGCGAGCCAAGAGGCAUUAUUUUUUUCUCGAUUUCUGAUGUGGGUUUCUUGUGAUUUCUUCCUUGGGUUCUUACUUUUUGAUAAAUGGGUGUAGGGAUUUGGAUUAGAUGUCUCUUGGCUCGCGAACAAGUUCUUCCACUAAUCCUCCCUCAUAUUUCUUUUUCAAACUAUGGGGAUUUCGUCUGAUAAUGUUCGUGGGUUUCUUUUUGCUGUUUCUUCCAGCGUCUUUAUUGGCUCUAGUACUAUUAUCAAGAAGAAAGGUCUCAUCAAAUCAGGGGCUGCUGGAACCAGAGCAGCAUAUGGAGGCUUUUCGUACUUGUGUGAACCUUGGUGGUGGGCUGGGAUGAUAACUUUGAUUGUUGGGGAGACUGCUAACUUCGUUGCUUACGCAUAUGCUCCUGCAAUUCUUGUCACUCCUUUGGGAGCUUUGAGCAUUAUUUUCAGUGCAGUUCUAGCUCACUUUAUGCUGAAGGAAAAGCUGCAUAUCUUUGGAAUUCUUGGUUGUGUUCUCUGUGUUGUGGGUUCUACAACUAUUGUUUUGCAUGCUCCACUGGAGAAAAAGAUUGAAUCUGUUAAGGAAGUUUGGCAUCUUGCUACAGAGCCAGUAUUUCUUGUCUAUUCAUUCCUAGUAAUGUUUGUAGUUGCGGUACUCAUUUUUAAAUAUGCCCCUCGCUAUGGCCAGUCCCAUAUGAUUAUAUAUGUUGGAAUUUGCUCUCUCAUGGGAUCUCUUACGGUUAUGAGUGUCAAAGCAGUAGCUAUUGCUGCCAAGUUGACAUUUGAAGGAAUGAAUCAAUUCAAGUACUUCGAGACAUGGUUCUUCAGUGUGUUUGUGGUUGGCUGUUGUAUUUUGCAGGUGAUCUACUUGAACAAGGCUCUUGAUGCUUUCAACUCUGCUAUUAUAUCUCCAUUUUAUUAUGUGAUGUUCACAACUUUUACAAUUCUUGCCGGUACGAUUAUGUUCAAGGAUUGGGACACACAGAGUGCAACACAAAUUGCAACUGAAGUUUGUGGAUUCAUCACCAUUCUUUCCGGCACCUUUCUCCUCCACAAAACCAAGGAUAUGGGAAAAGGCCCUGCCACUCAACCCCCUCUUUUCCAAACUCAAAGCCAUCCUCAUCAAAAUCAAAAUCUAUACACCACCAGAACAUUGUAGUUUCAAAUUAUACGCUAUCCCCAUUUGGAGACGAACAGAUCGUCGAGCUAACAAAUUCCUUGCAUGAAUAAAAUUGCCACCUCCAUGACUAUUAUGGCAAUAUUUGUUUAAAAUCACUCAUCAAUUUUAAUUCUAUUAAAAGAUGCUUUUGAAAAUAAAAAAUUCACUCUUGAAUU